UUCUAACCAUUUGAAUUGUGAGUGUUUCCCGCCCAAACAACAAAAAGAGAAGAAUAAAUCGCCAAACGUUCUGCUCGGAUUUAUUUGGCGUAUCCAAAAUUAGCGAUACGAAUUAUUUUUUUCCGUGUCCUAGUUAGUGCGAUUUUUUUUUACUUUCAAAUCACUUGACAGAUAUUUUCCUAUUCAAUUGAAAUCAAUUUAAAUAUUAAAUUGCGCUCAAACGGACCGGGUUUGAAUAGCAUACGAAAAGAAAAAACGAAUCACCAAACGAGAGAAAUAACUUAAUCAAUUAAAAUCUAUUUGUAUCAUAAAUUGAGCAAGGUUUGCAAAUAUAUUUCGAAAAGGAGCUCUUGUACCUUUGCCGAGGAAAAGCAACAACGGCAACAACAGCAACACAAGACACACACACACAAAAACAGCAGCAGCGAAAGAAGAGAGAGAAAAAGCGCGCGCGCCAGUAAACAUAGCAAGGAAGAGGUUGGCAGUAAAAGUAUAAAAAAAGAGCAUUUAAAAUCAUCGAAAAUGAAAGCAGUCAUUUAUAUGAUAAUUUGUCUGUCGUUCUGCUCUGAAUUGAUUCACUGUUCGUGCUUAAGCUACGGUCAUAGCUGUUGGGGUGCCCAUGGAAAGCGCUCUUCUAACGACCGUAGCGAACCGGAGCCACAACAGGAUCGCUGGGCUCUUUUUAGGCUCAUGCAAGAAGAGAAUGACAAAGUUUUCGGAAGAGAUCGCAUCGCUCGAGUGUCGGCUGAUGAUUCGUUGGAUUACAAUGCUAAACGAGUUUCGAAUAAUUUCUUGAACGCAUUGCGUAAACGUAAUCUACCACUGGUUAUAUUGAAUGCAAUCGAUGACGUUGCUUUGCCACAAGAGAUCCAGAAACCAUUUGAACCAUCCACCACACGAAAACGUCGAUCGUACUCAGGUGCACGGAACGAUGUAUCCCGCAUACGAGCAACCACAAACAAACCAAAUGACUCAGCGUCACCGGAAUACAAAUAUUUUUCAGCUUAAAUUUUAAUUUAUAAAUUGUCCCUCAUUUUAAUUUUCCAGCUCAAAUCCUGUCUCUCUAACUCCUUUUCUCUCUCAUUUUCUCUCUAUCUUUUGGCAAGUUUUCUCCAUAUUUGGCCAUGAGAGCCUUGAUUUUUAGAUGAUCAGUUGCAUGCUAGGUUACAGAUAAUUCACAAAUCUAUUGUCAAUUUAAUGAAAAAUAAAAAGAAGAAUGUUUACGAUGAUCACAAGUCAUUUUGAACUAUCACGUGAUGAAUACGCACUCUUUAAUUGAUUUAGUAUCACAAAAAGAAAGAAAUGGCUAACUUAUUUCUCUAUGAACAUUUUUUUUGCCAUUUAUUUGGAAUUUAUUCAGAAAAAAAAAACAGAAAAUAUUCUAU